AAGAAGAAUUACGAGGCCUCGUCUUUUUUUGUAAAGAAAAGAAAGCGUCCCACAUUGCUUACCGUAGUGACGUCAAUUUUGAGGGCCAAGCAACAAUGGGUCAAAGCCAGAGUGGGGGCCAAGGAGGAGGCAAGAAGGAUGACAAGGAUAAGAAGAAGAAGUAUGAGCCUCCCAUCCCCACCAGAGUUGGGAAGAGGAAGAAGAAAAGCAAGGGACCAGAUGCGGCCAGCAAGCUACCUUUAGUCACCCCUCACACCCACUGCAGGCUGAAGCUGCUGAAGCAGGAGAGGAUCAAAGACUACCUGCUGAUGGAGGAGGAGUUUAUCAGGAACCAGGAGCAGAUGAAACCCCUGGAAGAGAAACAGGAGGAGGAGAGGUCCAAGGUGGAUGACCUGAGGGGAACCCCCAUGUCUGUGGGGAACCUGGAGGAGAUCAUCGAUGACAACCAUGCCAUCGUGUCUACGUCAGUGGGAUCUGAGCACUACGUCAGCAUCCUCUCCUUCGUAGACAAAGACCUGCUGGAGCCGGGCUGCUCCGUACUACUCAACCACAAGGUUCAUGCUGUGAUUGGUGUCCUGAUGGAUGACACUGAUCCCCUGGUCACAGUGAUGAAGGUGGAGAAGGCCCCUCAAGAGACCUAUGCUGACAUAGGAGGACUGGACAGCCAGAUACAGGAGAUCAAGGAGUCGGUGGAGCUGCCCCUCACCCACCCUGAGUACUAUGAGGAGAUGGGCAUCAAGCCCCCUAAAGGAGUCAUCCUCUACGGAGCACCUGGCACUGGUAAGACCCUGCUGGCCAAGGCGGUGGCCAACCAGACGUCAGCUACGUUUCUGCGUGUAGUGGGCUCAGAGCUGAUCCAGAAGUACCUGGGAGACGGGCCCAAGCUGGUCCGAGAGCUGUUCAGGGUGGCCGAGGAACACGCACCGUCUAUCGUCUUUAUCGACGAGAUAGAUGCCAUCGGCACUAAACGAUAUGAGUCUAACUCUGGAGGAGAGAGGGAGAUCCAGAGGACCAUGUUGGAGCUGCUCAACCAGCUGGAUGGUUUUGACUCCAGAGGAGAUGUCAAGGUGAUCAUGGCCACCAACAGGAUAGAUACCCUGGACCCGGCACUCAUCAGACCUGGUCGUAUUGACAGAAAGAUAGAGUUCCCUCUGCCUGAUGAGAAGACCAAGAGGAGGAUCUUCAACAUCCACACCAGCAGGAUGACCGUGGCCGACGACGUCACCCUGGACGACCUAAUCCUGGCCAAGGAUGACCUGUCAGGAGCUGACAUCAAGGCGAUCUGCACCGAGGCAGGCCUCAUGGCCCUGAGAGAGCGCAGGAUGAAGGUCACCAACGAGGACUUCAAGAAGUCCAAGGAGAACGUGCUAUACAAGAAGCAGGAGGGCACGCCGGAGGGCCUGUACCUCUAACCCGACCUCCGACGUUUAACCCCUGACCCCCUGUCUGCGGUGUGAGAGGUUUUCUAUAUUUUGUUGCGUGUUACAUUUGGCUUCCCUUCCAGUUGUCUACUUUAACUUGAUGUACUCUGACAAUAAAUACAAGAAUUUGAA